AUGGACGCCGCCGGCUAUCUCAAACGCCAAGGUUGGCGCGGAGAUGGCCACUCGCUGGACCACACCGGGCGCGGCAUCCGGAAACCUCUCCUGGUCAGCAAGAAGGUCGAUGUCUUGGGCAUAGGAUUGAACAAACACGCUGCCGUAUCGGAUCAGUGGUGGAUGCGCGCAUUCGAUCAAGGAUUGAAAGAUCUCGGGACAGGGAAGAGGAGUGCUUUAGCAGAUGUGCGGGAGAAGGGAAUGGCUUACGGUGGACUGUACGGACGUUUCGUGCAGGGGGAAGGCGUGGCUGGGACUUUUGACGAAGAGAUGGAGGGCAAGUCGAGUCGGAAGAGGAAGCGGGAAGAGGAUUUGCAGAAGCCAGGGAAUACUGAGAAGAAAGUGAAGACGAAUACAGAAGCCCUGGAGAAGGCUUUGAAUCGCGAUGUGCGCACAUUCGUUAGCGAGGCUGUUCGGCGAGGACUCAUACACAGCGAUGAUGAGAAGCCAGCGGCUAAGAGUGGAAGCUCGGAUACUGCUAGCAAGUUCGGGGAAGAGGCAGUCGUCAAGGUGUUCACAAAAGCCGGGCUUCUUGGUGAAGGUAAGAGCAAGGCAUCUGAUCACCAGGACAAGUACGGUCGUGGCAAGCUACAGAGGGCAGUGAAGCGUGCUGCGAAAAAUUUCCUCGUCGGUCAACUAUCGGUGGACGAGCAAAAAGCGCUCAGCAAAGACGAACCGCGCAGCAAGGAGAAGCCCAAGCCGAAGAGCCAAGAGGAGCCUUCAGAACGGGAUGAUAAGACUGCUGCGAGGGAGGCGAAGGCUCUGAGAAAGCGGGAAAGGAAGGAGAAGAAGUCGACAAAGCAAACAGAUUUCGAAUUCAACGCAGACGAAGUGAAGUUCACAACGUCUGCGAAAGCGAAAUCAAAAACAAUACCAGGAGUUGGCGCGGUCGACAGAUACCCCACGAAAGCCGAGAAGAGGGCAAAGAAGCAACAGGCGCGGAAGGAUAAAGAGAAUACGACCCCUGAGCACACACCGAGUGAGGAUACGAGCAAUGUAGGCUGCGUAGCGGAUACCAAAGGCGAUGCCGGUCUUGAGGGGCGGUCUUCGUCGUCAGAUUCGAUGAGCGUUAUCGACACCGUCGGAAACAUUCGGUACACAUGCAAGCCCGGCAAAGCUGUACCUCUAGAUCCCACGAUAUGGACAGGAAUCAAGCCGAAGCUGCUACCGAAACCUGUUCGAAAAGCACGAUCGGAGUACAUGAGCGAGAGACGAGAAGCACGGCAGGCGCGAAAAGCGAAGAAGCUGAAAUCAUAG